AUGGAGCUCCGUAAAAGCACUAACCGGCCACAGACAAGGCAGCUGGACCGUGCCUGGCUGUUGGCCGUUUGUAUCCUGGCCUUGGCGGUCAUUUGCUGGAAGCCCGAAUCCAUUGUGGGACGAACCGACGAUGCCGGACAGACAGAUGCAUGGAAGCCGGUGGCCUGGUACCGGACCCUCUUUGAGUCGCUGGCCAGUCAUGCGCCGGGCAUUGUGGGCUUCGUUGGCUUCCAGCACAUUGUGGUGGCGAGGAUCAUGUCCAAAAGCCAGCCGCAGACCCUGUUGUCGAUACCGAACGUCUUGCUUUACACGAGCAUCGUCAUCUCGGUGACUGCGAUUUUUGCGAGCUUCUUGCUUUUGGGUUUGGACUACUUGCGACGCCUGGCCAUCGACUGCGCGAAGGGCAAGGGCAUCCAACUCGUAUUGAAGCGUGGACGGCUCGAACACACAGGCCUGGGAGCAGCCCUGAUCUUCCUGACCGGCAUUCUCCUUGUUUUGUACGUUGCCGUUCUCGUCACGGAGUAUUUUGAGCGCAAAUCCAACCAGGGAGUUGAUGACUUCAUGCUUCUGUUCAAGCGUGUCUCUAGUUGCAGCGUCGUCUGCCUGUAUUUCAUCAAUCUACGCGGCUUGUGCGCGUCACCCAAGGUGCAAUUUCACAUGUUCAGCGAAGAUGUGGACAAGGCUGCAGAUGUGAAGGAAAUUCGUACCCAAACGCUCGAGGAUUUUUUGGACGAACAUGGCACUGGGGAAUGUGGCACGAUGCACGAAGUCAUGGCCAACGUCAUGGACCACUUGGGCCCCGAGGACCUUGGACUCUUUCUCAAGAAGGGAAGUCGCCAAGCACUCCUUCCGAAUCAGCGCCUUACUCCGUUGGCACUUGUUGUUUGCCUGCUGCUUUUCAUUGGUGCGUUUCCGAUGCUCACUCAAGUCGCCCUGGAGCGGGGCUUUGCCACUCCAACAAUUGUGAGCAUGAAAGCCUUUUCGGCCAGCCUCAUUCCAAACUUUCCGCCGGGUGCGGUCGACAACAAGUAUCUACUCCUGGUGGGAUCGGGAGGAUCCCCGCGCCUUCAGGUGAGGCCGAAGUUUGAGCAAGCAUCGAGCAUCAGCAUCUGCUGCCAGUCGUCAUCUUGGAACUGCACCACUCACGCAUUCAAGAAGCUGCUCCUUGAGUCUGACGACCAGCCAGCCGAUCUUUACGUUCCUGCCGGUACCUCCACAAGCUGCAAGUUGAGGCUUCUAGGUCUGAGCAGCCGUGCCGUGAUGGAGUUGGAGCUGUCCGUGGAACCCAAAAAGAAGCACAACAUAUGCGGCUGCUCUGAGGAUGGCUGCAAGUGCUGCGAUGGCUAUGUGGGUGGACUGAACUCCUCAAGCGACGACUCUGUGAAGGUCGAGGAUGCCUGCUCCCCGGCACCUUGCAACAUAGCCAACUCCAAUUUCAGAGCAGGCCCCAGGUGUGCCUGUAAGGAUGGCUUCUUGGGGACCAUCUCCUGGACUCGGGAGGUAUCUGCAGGCACAUGCAUCCCUGCCCCGUGCAGGGUCUCGAACUCCACCAGGGAGCCAGGCCACAGCUGCCGGUGCAACGAUGGCUUUCAAGGAGAGAUCUCCUGGCAGAAUGAGACCCCGAGUGGGCAGUGUAGGCCUGCGCCGUGCAAGAUCAACAAUUCCAUGCUCGACGGGCCUGAUUGUCGAUGCAAGGAUAGCUUUACAGGAGACAUCGUCUGGGAUGGGGCAAGCGCGACAGGGGAAUGCGCCCCAGUACCCUGCUUCAUCCCGAACUCCAAUUCAGAGCCAGGCGACAGUUGCGCAUGCCGUUUCGGGUUUGAGGGCCAAAUUGCGUGGUCGCGAGGAUUUCCAUCCGGAACUUGCCGGCCUGCUCCUUGCGAUGUUGAGAACUCAAACAAUGCAUCUGGCCCGGAUUGUAGCUGCAAGGAUGGUUUCGUUGGUUCUGUUGUAUGGAAUGGUUCGGUGCCUACAGGGAGCUGCAAGCCAGCACCUUGUAAUAUCGUGCAUUCCAAUGGGGAACCAGGACCUUCCUGCCAAUGCAAGCAUGGCUUUGACGGUUUCAUUGAAUUUAAGGGCCCUCAUGCUCGGGGCAGCUGCAGUAAGCUGGAGUGUCGGGGCGAGCACUCCAACGGCAAGGCUGGCCCGGAAUGCGGCUGCGCUGAUGGAUUCCAUGGAACCGCCGACAUCCUGAAUGAUACAAAUCAGCAGCAAUAUUUUCAAGCCAAGUGCGAACCUGCGCCUUGCGGGGUUGAGAACUCAAACAAUGCAUCUGGCCCGGAUUGUAGCUGCAAGGAUGGUUUCUCUGGUUCUAUUGGCUGGAAUGGUUCAAUACCCACCGGGCGCUGUGAGCCAGCAAGCUGCAAGAUACAGGACUCCAACGAAAAACCAGGGCUCGCAUGCACAUGCCGGGACGGCUAUGAAGGCAAGAUCACCUUCAAUGGAACAGUCGCGCAAGGACGCUGCGAUCCAGCACCCUGUGCCAUCGCACACUCCAACAAUGAAUCAGGACAUGCCUGUGAGUGCUUGUCUGGCUUUGGUGGUGAUAUUUCAUGGAGUCUCAGCGUUCCAUCCGGUACAUGCGAAGAGCUAGACUGUCAGGGUGCGCAUGCAAACUCAAAGAAGGGGCCAGCGUGUGGUUGCGCGGAUGGGUACAGCUUAGUCAACAGAACAGUGAAACAGGAGGUGAGGGAGCACUACUCUGACUACUCUCUGCUGGAAUAUGAUCCAUUCCUCAACGACAAAUUCUACUUCGGCAGCUACAAGCCCCCAGUGCGAGAAAACUACACAUUUUUCCGUGUGCAGUGCGUACCUGCGCCCUGCGGGGUUGAGAACUCAAACAAUGCAUCUGGCCCGUAUUGUAGCUGCAAGGAUGGUUUCGCCGGUUCCAUUGGCUGGAAUGGUUCAAUACCCACCGGGAGCUGUGAGCCAGCCAGCUGCAAGAUACCGGGCUCCAACGAGAGACCAGGGCUCGAAUGCAAAUGCCGGGACGGCUAUGAAGGCUCCAUAAGUUGGAAACGCGCGAAUGCAUUCGGGACAUGUUGGCGCGCGCGAUGCGACAAUCAGAAGUUGCCCCUACAGCUUGGAAGUGAUUAUGGAGAAUGCGUCUGCAUCGAUGGCUAUGAAGGCAAUAUCACCUUCAAUGGCUCAGUGGCACAAGGACGCUGCGAUCCAGCACCCUGUGCGGUCAGGAACUCCAACCGCCGGCCGGGACGUGACUGCAAAUGUUUGCCUGGUUUUCAUGGUGAGAUUUACUGGAAUUUCGACAAGGCAUCCGGCACGUGCGCAGAGCUAGACUGCCGGGGGGAGCACGCAAAUGGAAUAGAUGGCCCAAAAUGUAGUUGUGCAGACGGGUACAUCUUAGUCAGACGUGUCAGGAAGGAGGAGCUCAGUAGCUACAUUGAUGUCCACGAUGUAUGGCGCUCAAACUCUCUAUUCGAAAGGGGUCCGUGGGAAGAAGAUUAUAUUGAUUAUCAUGACGUGCGCGGCAGCGACAUCGAGGAUGGCUACGACAGCGAUGACGAUGAGCCAGAAAAAGUUCCAGUCUUCAGGGUUGAGUGCAAGCCCGCUCCCUGCGGUGUUGACGGCUCGAACAAUGCAUCUGGCCUUGAAUGUCGCUGCAAGGAUGGUUUUGCUGGUUCUGUUGCCUGGAACGGUUCGGUACCCACCGGGAGCUGUGAGCCAGCCAGGUGUCAGAUCCCUAAUUCCAAUCACGAACAUGGGCUAGCGUGUGCAUGUUCAGAUGGGUUCCUGGGUAACAUUACGUGGAAUGGCUCGGAAGCUUCGGGCGGCUGCCAGCCUGUACCGUGCGAGGUUCAGCAUUCUGACUUUGCCGCGGGCCCUGCGUGCUCUUGUGCCACCGGGUUCUUUGGCAACAUUGUUUGGAAAGGACCACAGGCGUUUGGCGCAUGCCGGCCCUUGCCAGUUUGUUCUGAGAGCAUUUGGUACGCAACAGUUCUUCAAGCAAAUGCCACUGAUCCAUCAGGAAAUGCCUGUGAGGCUGGCCAGUCUGUCGUGUUUCGGGGGUCAGCAUGUUCGGACAAUCGCAUUCUGUGGAGGUUUGCAGAAGCAAGUCCACCGGCAAAGUGCAGAUGGGAGUGGACAGGAGUCGAUUCGAUGUGCGGUGCACCAACAGAAAGGGCCGAGUUUGUCCUUCCCAACAGAUGUCUGACAGAAGCAGCACUUCCGAGAUGUUCUGAGGAGAUAGUUUACCCCGCCACCAUGGACUUUUCUUCUUCUCUGGGAUGCAUGGAUGGCAUGGAACAUCCACUUGUGCAGUUCCGCGGGAAGCAAUGUGGCUAUGAUUUGAUUCAAUGGGAGGCAAUGGUGGUUGCCAGCGAGUGGCAGACAACGCGCCAGACUUCACAGCCAUGUGCCAGUGACAUGUCUCUUCCAUGCGGGGAAACUCCUGCCAGCGAACAACUUCCAAAUGCCUGCUUUCAUGCUGCAGAGCCCGCGCUCUUCGAGUUGAACGCAAGUAGCAGUAGGGUAGUGAAGCUGCUCAACAAUGGAGAGGGCUCAUUUCCUUCGGAAGGUGCCGAUGGAGAACCGCAGUGGUUUCAUUGGAAGUCAGAUGAACGGCUGCUGCGCUUUUUUUUUGGAGACUUCACAACAAUGACAUUCCGACGCUUGCAUGGUGAUGGCUCGCUCUUUCAAGGCCCAUGGAAGUCCCGAUUGAUUGCAGCUUGGGCUUUGCCGCCGUGGUGGACGUUCUCAUUUCAACAAAGUGACGCCAUGUCGGGCAGCUUCAAUGCAGAUUGGAUCAUUAAUUGUCAGCUUGCGUUCUACAUUGCAGAUGCCUGCUACAAAGUUGUGUUUGGGCAAGAAGUUGAAACCUUCCAUGUGCAUUCCGGUGAAUGCUCUCCGGCAAAAUUGGCAAACCUGACAGGAAUGAAGCACAAGUAUGUAUCCUCAGCCUUUGGAAUCCAGACAUUCCGUUCUGCAGAGCGCUGUGAGCCUAUUGCAGCAAGGAAGGAGAUUGUGGUUGAGGUCGUUCAUAUAGGUGCUGCCACGGAGUUUGAAGCUGCCCUUAUGAGCACAGAUUGCCGCAAGACCCUUCGCAUCAUAGGAAAUGCCUGGUCUGAACGGGCGAAGUGUGGAUUGUACAAACCGCGCCGCUAUGAGGUGUAG